AUGGCUCAUAUUGAGAUACCAAUGUCAACUGAAAAACCGAAUUUAAUAAAAGAAUCGGAUCUAUUUACAAAAUAUGCGGGUGUUAGUCUGGAUGAAUCAUUUAUAGCUAUUCUUGAUACAAAUAAUGAUGAUAAAUUUGAAUUACGAAUGUAUAAUGUUAUAACUAAUGAAGAUACAAAUAAAAAAGAACUUUCCAAAGAACAUUCUCAAUCAUUAACAUUUUUUACUGAUGAAGAAAAUGAAAUACAAGAGCAACAAAUAAUAUUGAUGAGAUCGAGUCGUUUUUCGAAUUGGUCUAUCUCUAUAACAAAUGAAAAUAAAGAAAAAAAAUAUAGAUUAAUCGCUAUAUCGUGCAUAAGUGAUGAUGAUAUGCAAAAUUUGCCAUAUGAGGAUGUAGCAGGAUUGGGAAUAUAUAAGCAUCGUUUAUCGUAUUCAUCAGCUUCCGAUGAACUUCAAGAUGAUGUUAAAAUGUUUGAUUUUCCUGAAAGAAUAGAAGAUGCUUUAAAGUAUAAUUACAGUGAUUACAUUAUUGAUACAUCUGGAAGAGAUCCAAACAAAAAUAUAGAACUUUAUAAUUUAAAAACCAAUCAAUUAAUAAAUGUUUUUAAAAGGUUUAAAUUUGUUUUAUCAAUUUUGGAUCGUGAGAAACCUGGAGCAUUUGCAGUAUCUAGUGAUGAAAAGCUGUUGGC